GCAGCCUUGUUGUCAGAUCGUUCUUCUGGUUAAGACAGUGGAGCGACUCGGAUCCCUGUACAGGUGGAAUUUAUCAAAAUGCAUAAAAGAGACAGGAGCGCAUCAGGAGGUGCAGUGUUUUACAAAUCAAUCACAAAUGCACAAGAAAUCAGGUCUGGAUACUUGCUUAAAUCUCCUCCUCAGUGGCGUUUGAAAUCAGAGUGGAAGAGACGUUUCUUUGUGCUUUACAAAGCCCCAGAGAACGACUAUCAGCUCAGGUACUACAAAAGUGCAGAGGACCAGGUCACCCCGCUGGGAGGCAUAGAUAUGACACAAAUCUCACUGUUAUAUGAAAACCCUCAACACCACCAGAGAUGGCAGUGGGUGCAGAAGAGUUUUAAAUGCUCCCCAUCAUGUGUGGUGUUCCUCAAGGCAGGGAACCGGGACUACUUCCUUAUUGGGGAGACCAGCUCGGAGGCGGACGGCUGGUUCACUGACCUGUUUGAAGCCCUGAAAAAUCGCCCUCAUAAAUUUCUCAAAUCACAGGAAAUCAGCAACGGGCAGCCAGUCAUUGAUAUAAUUUCAAACCCUCUUCACCGGAGAAAGUUUUCUGCCCCAGAGCUGAAGGUGCCUUUCCUUGCAGAGAAAGAAGAAGAUCAGAAUGAUGCCAGCAAAAUCUCGUUGCCAUCCUCAUCAGUGAAGGUUAGGUCCUUUUCGGACCCUUCCUCCAAUGCUGCAGACGGGAACACUGAGGAACUGGGGGAAGAUAAUUCCAGGAGACCGACCUCUGAGCCUGUAAAUCAAGACUAUGACUAUCCCAAGUCACGCCAAAAGAGAGCCAGUGUGCGGGCAGGCAGCAUGGAGUCACUGUAUGAAUCAAUGACAGAAUUUAAAAACAUCCUGAACGCAUCUGAGCCAAACGAUGGUGAAGUUGAAGCAAUUGGCAACAGCACCCUGAUGAGGUCCAUCACUGACAUCUACGUCAAAUACAAGGCGGAGAAUUCUCCACCUCUGAUAUUAAAUGAGUCAUCUGCUGAAAAUGGAGAAGACAAACGUCAGUCUUCAGAUUUCAGCACCAGCUCCAGUGGCGCCGUUUCACCUGUUGAUGUAUUGGAGACGAAUUCGGAAAGACGAGGCUCCACUCGGAGCCUUGACAGCGUCAUGCCAGACGUGAGGGAGUUUAUGCUGAAUCCGCUUGGUUUGAAGAACGAUCUCACACUCACAGAGGUGGAAGGAAAACCGAGUGUGUCUGGCUGGACUGGACAGCCGCAGUCCGUCUGCCUCUUCCACAAGGGAGACCGAGUGGUGGCGAUAAAUGACCUCCAAACCGACAGCGUGGAGGACUUCUACAUGUUUAUCAGCAAGUCGAUGAAGGAUGAGGUGAAAGUGACUGUCCAGCGUCAGCGUGGAUGCCAGCCUCUGCAUUGGUCAAACUCUCCCUGCAGUGACUAAGGCACAGACUGAUCACUGCGGACAACUUCAAUGAGUUAAAAUGAAGGAUCUCAUAUGUCAAACUCAAGGCCCGGGGGCCAAAUCCAGCCCGCCACAGCUUUUUAUGUGGCCCUCUAGACUCUAAAGUGGGACAUAAUAGAACCGUGAAGAUAACAGUGGGCUUAAAUAUUAUUUUAUCAAUCAAUUCAAAGCAAUUUUUAUCUAUUUACUGUCAAAUUGCAUCAAUUAGUCCCUCCAGUUUUUUGUGAAAUAUUGUUGAAAUUCACAUAAAUGAUCAAAAAAUCCCUGCACUUUUUCACAUUAAUGGGUAAUUGUGAGUUUAUUGCAGAUUUUUCACAGAAAUGGUGAAAAACAUUGGAUCUAAGUGAGGGUUUACUCCCACCUGUAGGUGGCAGUAUUUUUUUGCUUCUACUAAACAGCUGUGUGAUCCUUACCUCGACAUGUCGAGUUAUAAUCCAUAAUAAUAUGGCGUCAGCAUGUUUUUUGUUCUAUUUCCUUUCUGUUGCAGUUUAUGUCUGUUUAUGUCUUCAACAAGUAAAAGUCAUACAGAAAUAUACUUCUUGUUAAUAUCAGUUUCUUUAAGCAAGCUCCGGAGUAACAGGGGAACUUACAUUACGUUAGCCAUGCUUUCUUUGUUUGACGUCACAAUAGAUAUAAACAAUAAGAAGGAAAACUCUCUUGUCAAUAUGGAAAGUCCCAUUGUUUUCUGCUUAUUGUGGCUGCCAGUCAGAAUUGCUUGUGCAGUGAAACCACAGAUAGGAUUUCCUCAUUUUUAAUUUCAACUAAAAGGGAAUCCCAGUAUAUAAUAAGAUUUGCAUGCAUUAUGUUGCUCUUCAUAAUGCAUGCAUUACUCUUCUCCCCGGCGUUGAGACAUCUUUCUAAGGAAUCACCCAGUGAAUACCCUGUUCCCAGAAGCACAGACAGAACGGUUUGCUAACCAACAAGAUGUUAUACGUAUCUUCUUGUUGAUAAGUAUAACAAAAAGAAAGGUUGACACACUUUUGAUUUUAGGUGUGACAUUGUUCUGUUUUUCAUAGAUACACCCUCUCAGCAAUUAGCAGUGAUGUAAAGUGAAAAGGACAGAAAGAGAACAGUAUUACAUGUCUUAUAACACUUAGGGGUCGGUAAUAUGAAGAUAAAAUCAUGUCAUGCCUUACAGUUAUGUUCCACGGUUUUUUCAAAACACACAAAACAAAAAAAAUAAUCACUUAGGCACCUUUUACAAGAUCUAACUGAAUUGUGGGAACUUAGCUUUUUGCAUUUCGUCUAGCGUUGAGUUGGACAGUAGCUAGUUACAUUUACUUGAGUAAUUAAAAAAAAAAAAAAAAGUACUUUUAGGACUAUAUUUACCAGGCUGUACUUUUUACUUUUA